UGUGAUCUGUCCACACUUCAAGGCUGAAACCACUCUGUGUUCAGGUCAGAGCUGUGUGUAAGGUGAACUAAUCACCAACUCAGAGGAGAACUGUAAGAUGAUUCAUCUGAGGAUCCGGUUCAUCAUUUUGUGCUCCUGUCUUCUCUUUUGGCUGAACACAGGUGAUGUCUCAGCCAACUCCAUAAUAGCCACAGUUGGAACAGAUGUCACUCUAAGAUGCAAGUAUGAUGCUGCGUAUUACUCCACCCUGCCUUUCUGCUGGGGCAGAGGAAAUAUACCUAACAGUGGCUGCGCCAAUGAGGUGCUUAAAUCAGAUGGCACACAGGUGCUCAGCAAGGUGUCGGAGCGUUACGCUCUUACCGGUAACCUCGGCUUGGGAGAGGCUUUUCUGACCAUCAGGCAGGUUCAGGAGAGCGACUCAGGCAUAUACGGCUGCCGUAUCGACAUACCGGGCUGGUUCAAUGAUCAGAAACACGAGUUUACCCUCACAGUAAAACCAGGGCGGCCUUUCCCCAUAAAGGUGGAAACAAGAGAGGUGAGGGAGCGAACUGUUACUGUGCGCUGGACUCCUCCAUUUGACGGUGGCAGACCCAUUACAGCCUACAAGGUGGAUUUAAAAUACAAAUACGCAUCUUGGGAUACAGCGAAAAGAACUGAUGUGGCAAGAGCUCACCUGAAUCAAGUGACUUUGGUUGACUUGCGUCCCACCAAGACCUAUAACCUCCGCAUGUAUGCAGUCAACAGUGUGGGAAUGAGUGAAGCCAGCAAUGUUCUGAUAUUCACAACAAAAGAAGCAGCACCGGAGGGCCCCCCAAUCAAUGUGAAGCUCCAGGCCCUCAGUUCUGACAGCAUUAAAGUUACUUGGAAGCCUCCGGGUGUUGAACUCAGAAACGGCGUUCUGCGCAGUUAUAUAGUCAGCUACAGAGAGUAUGACCCUGCAACCCGGCUAUUUCAAAACUGGCAGCAACUUAGCGUGAUCGCCACAAGUGAAGAGGAGAGCACCGUUCUGACCAACCUGAAGCCUUCAACCCAGUACAAUGUUCGUAUUCAGGCCAAAACAAAUGCAGGACUAGGACCAGUUUCAACCGCGCCUUUCUGCACCACUCUGGAUGAAGUUAAAGAAACAACAGCGGCCACUACUCUGCUGUCUACUGCUGCUGCAUCCACAAAGCUGAUGCAGUAUACAAGUCUUACUACUCCUGUAUUCCAAUCUCACACUCCUCCAGCUGGUACCGUUUCUACGUCCACAGUUUGGGAACAAAGUACUCUGCAAAGCACAAGCCUCAUGACAGUGCCUCCAGAUCCACCAGUAAUUGUGUUGAUGGAGGUGACAGACAACACGAUUUCACUUUCCUGGACUCCUGGCUUUGAAGGUGACAGCCCCAUUACUGGUUUUUACCUGGAGUAUAAAGCAGCAAAUGCUUCAUGGGAUUACACAGAGGCUAUCAUAGAUUUCAACUCCAAUGAGACAGAGGCCACAAUAAUAGAGAUGUAUCCUUCGACAUACAACAUCCGCAUGUUCGCUACAAACAGUGUGGGCACCAGUAAACCCAGCAACGUUCUCAACAUCACCAUCGAAGAAACAGGUCAGCAAAACAGCAGUUUCAGUUCCACCAUGUCAACUAUUACUGAGGUUUCUGUGUUUGCCGAGAACAGAGGUGGUGCUCAUACGACCGGCAUCAUUGUGCCGGUUGUGCUGGUGGUAUUGAUUGGUGCCAUUAUGAUUGGUUGGCAACUUAAACGUAUAAAACAAAGGAGCGGCAGUCUGAACAUGUGGCUGACUAACAGAGCAGUUUAUGACAAAGGAUCUGAGCCGCUACAGGAGCUGUGAAACUCACUCCACAUUCAACCUUCUGAAACUCUUAACUCAUAUUGCCAAUUCUAUGUAAUAUUCAACAAUGUUUUAUUUCCUUUUGUUCUGUUAAUGUACUAAAUGUGCUACUUUGUCAUAUUCACAUGUAUCUGAGUCAAACUAACCACAGGAAAGAUAAACAUAUAAAGCUCUUUUAACUUUUUAUGGUGAUUGUUAUUCUUUAAGUGGCAUACCACUUCUCUGCUAUAGUUUUAUUUUUUCACCAAUUUCAUUUGUGUUGUUUGUUUAUUCAAAUGUCAACCAGUAUGUUUUCAACAGUUUAGCUGUUUAAUGUCAACUUUAAGCUUUGAACAUCCUCAGUGUUGUCCACUAGCAUCAACUGUCAGGUCAAAACUUUGCACAUUUUCAUAAUCUGCCUUAUCAACAAAGCAGAUAAAGCUAAUGAUAUGCCAGAACAAACACUGUGAUCAAGUUCAAAAGGUAUAAAUAACCAAGUUGAAUACUUUUUGUAACAUGAAGCUACUUGAGUGGUCUCAUAAUGAAUCCUGCUUGGGAUAAUAUUUUUAAAGUACAUCAUUUGGGUGUUAGAACUGUUUUCCUGAGGUUCAGAUGUUCUGGUGCAGGUUAGAAAUGUAUCACAUUGCACCAAUAUUUCAUGCUGUCUGUACAAACAUGUGCUGUAAUAAUUUGUGAUACACUGACAAAAUAAAAAUACAUCAGAAAUUAAAUAAAA